CUUCGCGAUCCUCGCAGGGCUGCGCUGGGGCAGCGGCGGGAUGCGGGCACGGAGGGCGGGCAGGAGCGGCUGCGGCUCCCGGGACCGGCUCCGAGACUGAUCCGUGCCCCUGCCUGAGCGGCUCCCUGCCUGAUCCCUCUCCGGAGCGGCUCCCGGCCGAUCCAUCCCCUGACCGAUCCAUCCCCGGAGCGGCUCCCGGCCGAUCCCCGCUCAGCCCCGGCCGGAGCUCUCGGAGCGGCGCAGCACCGGAGGCACCGCGCCGCCGCCCCGCUCCGCUGCCCAGGAAUGAGGAUACUGCAAGAUGCUCAACUCCAGCAGCAGCCCCUCGGGAAACAACUGCAGCCACAGCACGGUGGUCACCACCACGGUCAUCCCGCUGCUCUACUGCCUCAUCUUCCUCGCGGGGCUCUCGCUCAACGCCCUGGCAGCCUGGGUCUUCCUCUACGUGCCCAGCACUAAGAGCUUCAUCGUCUAUCUCAAGAACAUCGCCGUGGCCGACCUCCUGAUGAGCCUGACGUUUCCUUUCAAAAUCCUCGCUGACUCGGGGCUUGCCCCCGCCCAGCUCAGCCUGUUCGUGUGCAGGUACUCGGCCGUGGUGUUCUACAUGAACAUGUACAUCGGGAUCACCUUCUUCGGCCUCAUAGGCUUCGACAGGUACUACAAAAUCGUCAAGCCUUUGUUCACCUCCUUCGUCCACACCGUUAACUACAGCAAGGUGGUCUCUGCAAUCAUAUGGCUGUUACUAAUGAUUAUGUCAUUUCCAAACAUGAUUUUAACUAAUGAAAUCACUAAGGACAGUUACUCCACAAAAUGUAUAGGUCUUAAAAGCGAGCUUGGCAGACAGUGGCACAAAGCAACAACUUACAUUUGCACAGGGAUUUUCUGGAUUGUUUUUUUCCUGCUAAUCGUAUUUUACACUUCUAUAUCCAAAAAAAUAUACAGCUCUUACAAAAAAUUCCAGAGGAACUCAGACACAGCCAAGAGAAAAACCAGCCGGAACAUAUUCACCAUCAUGUUUGUGUUUGUCAUUUGCUUUGUGCCCUACCACCUCUGCAGGACCCCAUACACGUUGAGCCAGAUCAGCUCCCAGUUCACCUGCCAGGCCCAAAAAUCGCUGUUCUACGCCAAGGAGUUCACUCUGGUGCUGUCUGCAGCAAAUGUCUGCCUUGACCCCAUUAUUUAUUUUUUCCUCUGCCUCCCCUUUAGAGAAAAGCUGUAUCAAAAGCUGCACCUCAAGCCGAAAGCUUCAAGUGAGGUUGAAAUUUCUAAAUCCAGAAGAUCAAAUACGCUUGGGGAAAGCAUAAACAUCAUGUAGGUUUGUGUCUCCACAAUAACGCACAUUUCAGGAAAUCAUUCAUGAACAGAGAAGAAACAGAGAAACAAGAGCACAGGAUAACCAGACACAAGCAGGAGAGGGGCUCAGCAAAACACCAAGUGCUACUUCCCUGCCUAAACCCAGCAUUGCAUGUGCCAAUAUGUUCACUGUGUGCUGUUCCAGCUGAUGGCCUGAUGGCAUUGGGGUGUGACACAACCCACCUGGAUCUCAGGAACACAGAGGGCAGAGCCUGGACCGUCCAACAGACCCAAAGCCACAGCAAUCUGCUUCUCUGGCCUUGCAUGAACAGGAACAUCCCCACACCAUUCUGCAGCCACUCCCUCAGUGCUGGCGCAGCAAGAGGCAAGAGCACCACAGAGCCAUCUGGGAACAUCCAAGUACAGCUGUGUAAAAACUCUGGUGCAUUUAAAUCCAGAAAGAAAGGUUUGCUGAUUUUCCGUGAUUUUUACACAGCAACAAAACAUUUCUGUCUGUACCAAGGUAACAGCUGAAAGCCCCCAACCUGCUCUAUACAAAUAUAAUGUCUGUUAUAACUUUAUUUUUCAGAGCAGCUUUUUUUUAAUUGAUUUUAUUAUUGUACAGGAAAAACACAGCAGGGCCUAAAGUAUCCACUAAAGCUUUCUGAGAGUGGCUCUGGAGCUGAAUGUCUUCAUUUUACUUAUUAAAGAAGCUAUAGGAACAUAAAUAUCUUUCUGCCACUGCUUUUUGUUUCAGUCCAAACAGAUCCAAGGGUGAACAUUUUUACAAACUCGGUGCUUUCCCAGCACAUCAGGCUGGGGUCAGACAGCCCAAGGCAGCUGCUCACACACUCAGGGAGCUGCUCACAUUCCAAGAUCUGCUCUCUUCCCGUAGCACUUCUGCAGGAAGGGCAGACCAUUACACUGUAAAGGUUCACUGAACCAUCACUUGGUCUUUUUAGGCCUGGAAAAGUUCCCUGCUCUGUAAACUGACUCUGCAGAAAAGGGCAGACUGACUGACAGAGACACACAGCCAGAAACGACUGCCAGUGCCGCAGUUUGGGCCCAAAAAACCCCUACGAGUAUAGGAAAUCAGCUUUGCAUGAGCACAACACUACAAAAUGAGUUGAUGUUUGCUUGCAGCUGGACACGGGAUCAUUCCAGAUUAUUAAGCUUUGCAAACAUUUUGACAAAUAUGGUCUGAGCUUUCAGUUCAUGACUAAACCUAGAACCAGACAUUCUUCAUCUGUUCCCCCACACAGCUCUGGUGCAGGGUUUGUAAAUUCCUGUGGAUUCUCAAUUACAACCAAGGGCCACCAGCUGGAGUUUCAGUAUUGCUGUCAGUACCUCACCCCCAGCACGGGUCAAAGCUUUUCUCGCGGUUUCCCAAACCAACCAAACAAAAAAUAAAGAUUUCCCUGACUUCCCUAAUGUGCCAAGUUAUUUUAAUAGUCCUUGGAAAAUAUCCAAAUAUUAAGAAUGUUCAUUGCAAUCAGCAGAACCCCUAGGUGUCUUCAGGUCUGGCAGCUAAGGUGAAACUCUAAAACAAACACCAUGAGAUCCCCAGAACCUUGAGGAACAGCUACAUUGCAAAGUCCUGAUUUCAGGCGGAUUUUAAAUGUGAGAUACACGUGGGGAAGGGGGAAAGGAGAGCUCCAGACUGACGAAAACAGAAGCAAAGGAGCUGAUGCCACACAGAUACAGCCCCCACGCCUCUCCCCCAGAACAGGAAAGCGAGGGCUCCGGGCUGUUCCGUGAGCUCUUAUUGCUUUCUGUCACUGCUUUUCUGGGUAAUCCCCACGUGAUUCAGCUGCUUGAAUCUGGGUUUAACUGCGUCAAUCAGCCCCUCUGGAAACCACAGCCCCGUCUGGGCCGGCAGAGCAUCCUGGGCAGCAGGUCCCACACCAGCCUGGGCAGAAGGACACACAGCAGAGCAGCCUGGGCAGAAGGACACCCCCAGCCCUGCAGAGCAGCCCUCAGGGACCCCAGAUCUCUGCAGACCAUGCUCAGGACACCCCCGGCCACCAGC